ACUUUAUACAUAGGUACCCACAAUUCAAAAGGACGUUAGAGUUUUUGGAAAUAAUACCUUCUGUAUAACUCUUUAUAGUCUAAGGGUACAAUACUGUCUACAGCUUUCCGAGAAGGCGUUACUUCCAGAAACAGUUGCUUCCUCUUGAAAUGUUGAUUCCGAAAUUCCAGAAUCCGUUAUUACUACAAUCUUUCACUGAAUUUUCCAUAACAAUUUACAUCACAAGAAUUCUUUCAAAAUGUGACUGAUCUCACAGGACCAAAAAGGCUGCAAAUGGUUCUGUUGAAAUCACACCAAACUAGUCACAUUGGCGUCGAACGCGAAUCGUCGCUCCCCAAGAGUAACAAGCUUUGGCUGCGUGCUACAAAGGUGUUCCCCCCGCGGUCCUAAAGAACCAAAAUCCUAACUUUCCUUGUUCUUGCACCACCUUCUCUCUUCGCCGUCCUCUUGCAGAUAUCCCGUUCGAUGAAACAAACACACCUAGCUAUAAUGAAAUUACGAGAAAAAAUACAUUUUAAGAUUUAAACUUUAGAAAAAGUUUUACAAAAUCAUAAACCUCGCAUUAUUUAUAAAUUAAUUUUAACUAUAAUUAAAUUAUAAAAACAAAAUUAUUAUAUAUUAAAUUAAUUAAAACAACAAUUGUAAAAUUAACACACGUAACUCGCAAAAAAACAAACAUCUCAAAUCAAAAACACACACAAAAUGGCUUCUCGGAAAAACGCCAAGUUCUCCACCAAAAUCCAGUUCUAUCUGAAACACAGGGAAUCGCGGAUACUGAAGCUAUGCAACGACACAAUCAGCCCGGUACCGAACGAUUCGCUCACCCGAGCCAUCUUCAAGCUGCUGUCGAAACAACCGGUGGACAACCGGCGGAUCAUCCCGCUGCUCGCGGACAAGAAACGCCCAUCCACCAAAUCGACUGCCUCGCACAGCACCGUGAAGACGCCCUCGGCGACGACAGCGACACCAACGACAGAAUCCCCAGUCACGGCAGCACUGACGGCGGCCCUAGCAGCAACUACGACGGCCGCCUCCUGCACAGCCUCCUCCACACCUGUCUCCGGUCUAUCAUCGCUGUCGUCGCUGCCCGAGUAUCAGAAAGAUGUGGAACGGUUUCGGGGACGCAUCAUCUGCCAGGACAACACGUGCAUCAUCGACCCGGCGGCAUCUCCUAAGAACGACAACAAUUCGAAUCCUCGCACUCAUUCCUUCCGAAUUGUCUCGUUCAGCAAGGAGAGCACCGGCAACAAGUCAGACACUUCCUCGUCGCCGCUUGGCGGUAGCGACGGUGGGCGAGAUUCGGUCGGCGAAGAGCAGGCGCAGAAUCUCAGCUCAUCGUCGCCUACUUCGACCGCAUCGACACAAGCCGGCCACAAGGCGAUUCUGAUGUGCUUCAGCUGCAAGCUCAGCUUCGGCACUUGCCGGUCGUUCAUCGCCCACGCCAAGAUGGAGCACAGUCUCACCCUGAACGACUACGAGCGGAUGUUACUCGAGAAGAACUACAGCAGCGCCAUCAUCCAGACCAACACGGAGAGGCAGUUUUACUUCCUGGUUCCUUUCGAAGAGAAAUCUUCAGCCAACAGCACCAACAUCAACAACAACAACAGCAUCAACACUAGCACUAGCAUUAAGACGACGAUGAUGGACAGUGAGGAGCGAAUGAGGAGUGGGAGCGGUAUCAACAGCAAUGGAGGAAGUCAACAACCAUCCCCUCAGCAGCAGCAGCAACAACAACUACAGCAGUCACUUCAACAGCAACAACAGGCGACGCAACUGCAACAACAACAGCAGCAGCAGCAGCACCAACAGCUAUCGCCUCAAUUACUAACGCCGGACAAAAGCCCCGGUCCCAUCAACUUCGACGGUGGCUUCCCGAAACUCGCCCCCAGCAGUAUGCUCUACGACAUGGACAACAAGCUGCAGGCCAGUUGGAAGCUAGCCGCCGAAAAGUACAACAACGUCAUGAACGAAAGCGUAGCGGUUGCGGCAGCAGCUGCAGCCGCGGCUGCGGCGCAAGAAGAGAAGAACGCAGCCAGCGGUAAAGCGUUGGCAGAUUUUCUGACUCAGCAAAAAAUGCUGUCGGCUGCGGAGAAUCUGUACAGCAAGCAGAACAAGUUCCUGGAGUUGAUGAACUCGAAUCCACUGGCGGCGGCGGCAGCAAAGGCCGCAGCCGCUGGAACGGCCGUUGAUGGAGCUGGCGAUUUUCACCUGGCCAAAAAGUACAAUGCAAUGGAUCUUUACAAGCAGUUGAUGGCUGCCAACAACUUCCGACCGGAGGGGUUGGACGCGCUCAAAGAAGAACUCAAGCCCGAGCACCAGAUAAGCGUUAAGAAAUUGGAGACUGAACCGACAGGAGCGUUCCGCGGCAAUUCCUUUGCACCAAAUAUCUCAACGAGGAAUUCCUGCAAAACGCUCAAAUGUCCCCAGUGCAACUGGCACUACAAGUACCAGGAAACGCUGGAAAUUCACAUGCGGGAGAAGCAUCCAGACGGAGAGACAGCCUGCAGUUACUGCCUGGCUGGCCAACAACAUCCGCGUCUGGCACGGGGCGAAUCCUACACCUGCGGCUACAAGCCGUAUCGUUGCGACAUCUGUAACUAUUCCACCACUACGAAGGGUAACCUGUCUAUUCAUAUGCAAAGCGACAAACAUCUGAAUAACAUGCAAGAUCUGAACGGGAUGAUGAACAAGGGAAAUCAGAACUUCUUGAAUCUUGCAACCCUUCAACCGACCGAGAAGGUUAACACGUCUCGCAACCAAUACAUGCAAGCCACCUCGCCACUAUCCCUCUCCACGAAGCUCACCCAGCAACAGGUCAAGGAAACUCAACACACCAACUACGAUGCCAACCGGCCGAAGUCCUUCUUCAAGUGCGACAUCUGCAACUACGACACCAACAUAGCUCGAAACCUCAGAAUUCACAUGACUAGCGAAAAACAUAUCAGCAAUCUGAAUUCUCUGCAAUCGAGCUACAGUCAGCUGAAGAACCUUCAAACCAUGUCUUCGCCGGAAGGCCUCGACUAUCUGAGCGCCCUGAACCUCAACGCCCUCAAGGAAGACAAUCCGCUGAACCGCGUUGAAGACUACACCAACAGCUCCCUCAAGUCCCUGUCCAUCCCAACGUCCCCCUUCGCACCCAUAGACCCAACCCCCGUCAGCACCGCCAACAGCACCCCGACCCCCGAAUCCAUCUUCCUGAACAACCCUUCGCCCUUCUCCGCUGGCAGUGAACCCGACCGCAACGCAUCCGGCCCGCUCGACUUCCAGCAACAGCUGGACGAAGACAAGAACCCGCUCCACUUCGAACCUCCGAUCAGACUCACGCUGGACCCAUCGACUUACUACACCUGCCUGAUCUGCUCGGACUUCGACACCAACAACCUGGAAGAGCUGAAGAAGCACGUGAUCAAGGACCGUCUCACCUCCAACAUCGCAAUGGAUAGUAUAGUGAUCGCGGCGGCCAGCUGCGAGUGUCUCCUGUGCGGCUUCCGUUCGCCAACCGCGGACAAACACGACCUCGAACGCCAUCUCAAGACGGAAGCCCACCUCAAACGACUUGAUCUGAUGAUUCAUCUGCUCGAAGGACGGGACAAAGCGAUCGGCAAGCUCAAACACUUCUGCGGCCCCGAACUGUUCAAGAAACUCUCGAUGAUCUUCCCCCUGCCGGAGGAAACGAAAUUUCCGUACGAAGAAAUGCCUAGCAUUGGUGAAAUUUCGCGUUCUCCCCUGACGCUGCUGCUGGAACCCAAGACGGAACUGGUCGAGCGGGAGUUCAACGGGGACUGCGAGGGCACCCAGCCACACCCGGACAACGUGCAGAUCAAGUGCAACUGCUGCAACUACUACACCACCUCGCUGGAGAAGAUCGGCAUCCACAGCCUGUCGGAGAAGCACAUUUUCCGGCGGAUCUGUUUCGACUACUUGCUGCUCAUCUCCAGCGAGAAGAAUGCCGCUGCCGGGGGCGGCGGUUCACUCAGUCCAUUGAACCUGCAGCAGAGCGUUAAGGGUGAAGAUGGUCGUCCGGGAAGUGCCGCCAUGCUGCUCCGCGGUGGGCAGUUGAUGCUGACGUGCGUGCCGUGCGGGUUCAAGACCGAUCACAUCUACUACAUGAUACACCAUUUGAAGAAGUCGUGCAAAGUGGAGCAGAACAUCAAUCUGCUAGGCUUGCGGAACAUCUUCAAGUUGACCCCGAAGGGCGCCGACUCCCAAGAUGCAAUGGACUCGGCCUCGGCGGCUACCGGGGACAACAACGGUGCCAACACGGUCAACGCCCUGUGCAGCAUCCUCCAGGAGAAGAAACCCUGGAACGGCGAGAACUGCAACGGUAAGGGAGGCGCCGGAGGGGGCGCUGCCGGUAGCAAUGGAAACGGCAGCGGCUCGUCCGAAGCGUCCUCCGAAGGCACCUGCAAGGAUCGCUGUUUGGUGUGCAGCGUGUGCAACAACUUCUCCUCCAAGAAGAUCAACGUCAUGCAGCACCUGCUGCAGAAUCACAACGUGGGCAACGAGCUGCUCGCACAAGACUAUCCCAACUUGAAUGUGCCAUCGGCGAUGCAGAAGAAACCGUUCGACUACCUGCGCACGUUGACGGAGGCCAGAAGCGCCCAGAACCUGCGACUGAUCGAGAAGGUCACUUUCAUGAACGACACGUUCGGCAUGAAAGAGAACUGCAACGAUCUGAAGCACGGCAAUUUGGCGGAGAUGUUGGAGAACUUCAUGGGCGGAGGGAAGGAUGAUGGGGAGAAGGUGGAGAAGAAUUCGAUCCAGACGGUUUCCUGUCCGUUGUGUCCGGAGAUGUUCCUGGAUCAGGUGAACGUGGAAACGCACGUGAUCCGCGUUCACAACAUCAAGAUGGAAGGCUUGAACAGACUGCUGAAGUUGGUUGAUACCUCGCAAUUUCUUAAGACCACCAAACAACAACAGCAACUCGGCAGUCCGGACAAGUCGCCCAAGAAGGAAACCUCUCCCUCGCCGGAGAUAAAGUGUUCCUUCUGUAAGGUCUGCUUCGACUCAAUGGUAGACCUGAAAAUCCACUGCAACGAAAGCAAUCAUUUCAAACGGAAUGCCGACUCGGAGGAUCUCGCAUGCUUCUUGAACGACUGCAAGGACGCAUUCGACAAUCUGUCCGAUCUGCAUCAGCACUUCAAGGCGAAUCAUCUGAACUUUUUGAUCUCGGAGAACCAUACGUACAAGUAUCGCUGCAAGUUGUGUCCGUUUGCGUUCAAGACGCACGAGAAGUUGAACAGACAUCUGUUCUACCACUCGCUGCGGGAGUCGACAAAGUGCUUCUACUGCGACGCCCACUUCAAGAACAUCAACUCGCUGACCGGGCAUAUUGCGGAGAAGCAUCCGCAAGAGUCAGCAGCGCAGAAGGGGGCGGAUGGCCAGCAGUCCGAGUCGGCAUCGAUCCUGUUCUUCAAGGAUCUGAAGAGGAAGAUGAUGAACCACAAGAACGGGAUGAGUCCGAAGUCGGAUCGCAGUCAGACGCGGGAUAGCGCCGAUGAGGAUCGGCUGAGUGAAAAGUCGAUGAGCAGCAAGAGCAGUUUGUACUACGAGAAGAGUUUAGACGGGUCGGAUGGAGGCGGGAUGAAGUUCACUUGCAACGACUGUAAGUUCAGCUUUAUGGAUGCAGCGGCUCUUGAACGGCACGUAACUACGGUGUUCCACAUGCCCAAGGAGAAGGAUAAAUCGGGCGGGGAAGGGUUGGCAGGAAUGGUGAACAAGCAACAACUGUUCUACGACAUCAAGUCGGAGAAGUUCACCAAUCCUAACAGGCCGUUCAAGUGUACGAUUUGCAUGGAGAGUUUCACGCAGAAGAACAUCCUGCUGGUGCACUACAACAGCGUGUCGCACUUGAACAAGUUGAAGAAGUUCAAGACGGAGAAGCAACAGCAGUUUCCGUUUGCGAUGGGUGAUGGCGGAGGAGAUGGGGGUGAAAUGGGAGCUGGGAAGGAUCUGAUGGGUGGGCUGCAGCCUGAUUUCAAAGCUUUCGGGUUGCCAUUGAUUGGAGAUGUUGGAGAGAAACGGAAGGACAUCGAGGAGAAGGAGACUGCCCGGAAGAAGUUCAAGUGUGACAUCUGUAAUGUAGCGUACACUCAAGGAAGUACGCUUGACAUUCACAUGCGAAGCGUACUUCAUCAGACCAGGGCUUGUAGGCUGCAGGAGAGAAGCAUGUUUGGACAGUUACAGGUCGCUGACAAGAAGAAGUCAGAUUUUCCAUUGAUCCAAACCAUUCCGGAAAGUCACGAGUCACCGAACUUCAUCGACGAUGUACCGCUACGAAAGAUCAAGUCUCCGGCUGAACAGCAGCGGCAGCAGCAGCAACUUCAACAGCAACACCUUCAACAGCAGGAACUACCACAGCCUCCGCAAAUUCCUCAGCAACCACCUAUGCUGAAUCCCAUGCUCGGAGCUUUUGGUUUGGGGGCUGCUGCUGCCGCUGCAAUCGACAAACCCGAAAUCGUUCUGUGUGAAUGCUGUUUCCAAUUGUUCCCGAACAAGGCUACGCUCGAAAAUCACCUAGAGCUAAGUCCCGAAUGUUCCGCCAUCAAAAAGAAAAUCAUGGAGAACAACGCACCGCCGCCGGAGAACUUCAACGAAAGCUUCCAACAGCAAGCCCUCAAUGAACUCGCCAAGGUGAAUAACACGCUUCCUGGGUUCGACCUUACGCCGGAAGCUCUCUUGGGAAAGACUCCCUUCCCUCUGGAUCCGACCGCCAACUUGAUGGAUCCAAACUUUUUGAAGAACGCCUCGCUACUACAGUUCGCUACCGACCCCAACAACAAACUCGGUCCAAAUGCCCUGAACGUACUGAACUUUAUGCACUUCCAUCACUUGAUGUCCCUCAGCUACUUGAACCUCGCACCGCAGCUGAACUUUGGAGCAGUUCCACCAAAAGUUCCAGAAAUCAACGCCAAGACCGACCUCGAGAAGGUCAUCCCAGUGGAUAAGACCAAGUUGCCACCCGUCGUACUACCGCCCAAUCUCAACGGAAAAUCUCCCCUCGAACUGAAUCUUAUGCAACACCAGCUGGAAUCCAAGCUUCCUCCUCAACCUCCCCAGCAACAACCCUGCACGCAGAAGCGUGCCCGAACUCGCAUCACAGAUGAUCAACUACGCAUCCUCCGCUCGCACUUCGACAUCAACAACUCGCCCAGUGAAGAGAGCAUCCAGGAGAUGUCCCUCAAGGCUAACCUUCCGCCCAAGGUCGUCAAGCACUGGUUCCGCAACACGCUGUUCAAGGAACGCCAACGCUCCAAAGACAGUCCGUACAACUUCAGCAUUCCUCCGUCGACCAAGCUUAACGUCGAGGAGUACGAACGCACAGGCGAGACCAAGGUAACCGAUCUCCAGUCCAACGACUCCCAGGACACCUCGCAGAACUCCACCGACACCAAGAUGAACGAGAUCAAGCAGAGCUUCUCCAAGUCCUUGAUGGAGUCCCUGUCGAAGCAUCAGGCCAGUCAGGAGAUGGGAAACCUACAGCUCAGCAAACAGCUUUUUCCUGACCCUUUUGGGACCCCAGACUUUCAGACCCAGCACGAGCAAGCCGCCCACCUUCAGGCCAAUGUAGCCAAUUUUUUCGCCCAAGCCCCAGAGGUAACCCCAAAUAAAAAGAAAAAGAUCAAAUCCGAAUCCUGCAACGCAUCCCCCGUUCCGGCUGAUCUCCAGAUCGAUUCCACCAACUCCAGUCCCCUCCCGAUGCGUCCUCCCAGCGCGAUCUCCCUCAAAAAGCACAUGUCCGAUCCGCGGCCUCCUCUCGGCCAACCCAUCCUCAUGGAGGAAAUGAAAAACACCAGUCCCAUCGAUAGCCCGGUCCUGUCGCCUCCGUCGUCGAUGGCCGGUGGAUUGCUCUCGCAGCAGCAGUUGUCCCAGAACCAGGCGGCCAUCACCUGCUCCAAUGGGAAGCGUGCCAACCGGACCCGGUUCACCGACUACCAGAUCAAGGUGCUGCAGGAGUUCUUCGAGAACAACUCCUACCCGAAGGACAGCGACCUGGAGUAUCUGAGCAAGCUGUUGAUGCUCUCGCCGAGGGUCAUCGUCGUGUGGUUCCAGAACGCCCGCCAAAAACAGCGUAAGAUCUACGAGAACCAGCCGAACCCGACCUUCGAGACGGACGACAAGAAGGGCAUCAACAUCAACUACACCUGCAAGAAGUGCAACCUGGUGUUCCAGCGGUACUACGAGCUGAUCCGCCACCAGAAGAACCACUGCUUCAAGGAGGAGAGCAACAAGCGCUCGGCCAAGGCGCAGCUAGCGGCGGCCCAGAUUGCCCACUCGUUCACCAGCGGCAGCGAGGAUUCGGACUCCAGCAUGGACGUGAGCCGCCGCGACUUCCAGCCGCGCGAGAACGACUUCCCGCUCUAGGGGUCGGCCCCGGACACUCGAGUGCUCGAGUGUUCCAACUUUUUCGGCAACUUUGGUUAGAGUAGUAGAGUAGGAGCAACCUCGCAACGGUCUGUAGUAUCCCAGUAUCCCAGUGAUUCCACACGCAGCAAAAGUCUUCUGUUAUAACUGUACUACACUUCUACACUAAUGAGUAUCGCGUACCGCCAGUUUUUUUUAGCGUUUUACCUUUAGUUUUGUUUGAAUUCCUCAGGAGUUAAUUUUAAUCUACGUUUCCAGUGAUUUCGUACAUUCCUAAAUUUUCCUUUAGUUAGUAGCGCUGGCGCCAUUUUAUAUCUCUUUUUAUUUUUCGAAAUUUUCCAAUUUUUCCAACAUUCCUAAAACAAACGAAGUUUCUAUUUUACUUCCACUCGCGUUUUCAAAAAAUCAAAUCUAAAUCUAUUUUAUAUACAAUUUAUUGAGAGAGCGUAACGAAAACUAUUCCCCGCAUCAAAUGUAAUGUGAAAGUUCCUAAAAGUAAAAGCAAGCAAGUUGAACGAGAACGAGGUAGUAAAAGUGCUAAAACGAAAAAGCAUUGUUUAUAAACUCAUUUGCCAUAAUUGAAUCGAUGAAUGAAAGAGCGUCAAAAGCGAAAAAAGAAGAACAAAUGAAAACAGCAAACAGCAACAACUAUAAAAAAGAAAGAAGAAACAAGAACUGCUAAAACAUAUAGAUAAUUAAAUUGUUUUUGUCAUUUUUAUUAUUGAUAAAUUUUAUUGAAAAGCAGGCGAAUAAAUCCAAGCAACAUCAUGGAGAAUGUUAUGAAAAAAAAAACCUAAACAAAACAAACAAGUA